AUGGCCACCGACGAGCCGCAAUCUCUCAUGGCGCUGCCCUCGACCCUGUCCCCCGACAGCCUCGACGCCCUCUCCGAGCUCGCCAUUGUGCUCGCCAAGGUGCGCACUGGCAUCCAGUCCUCGGCGGGCCUCGCGACCGGCGCGACGCCCAGCACCGCCGCCGCCACCGCCGCCGGCGGCCAGCCGAUGCUAUCUUUCAAGGACGUCCCCGGAGCGACCGACGCGCUCAAGCACCAGCUCCAGAACGCCCGCGCCCAGGUCCGCGCGCUGCCCGACAUGGACCGCACCGUUGCGGAGCAGCGCCGCGAGAUGGCCGAACUCGAGACGCGCCUCGUCACGCAGCGCGCCCUGCUCGAGCGCCUUCGAGACGACGGCUUGCGCUUCGGCAAGGACGGCGACAAGAUGGACACGUGA